UGCUUCUUGGACAUUGUUGGAGCUGAACAAGCCCAGGAGGGAGAGAGGAGGCUGUGGGCUGGGAAGGGUUAAGGAACUGGAGGUGGAUCCAUUGUAAAGUGGGACACUUCCUCUGCCGGCAAGGCAACUUCUGCAAACGAGCCAGGCGCUGUGAGAAGCAUUCUGUGGGACAGGAGCUCCCAGAGUCUGACUGUGAACCAAAGCCCCACAGGCACAGCCGGGGACAUGAGGCUGACUCCAAGGAGGGAUGGGAAGCAGGUGAGGAGGAGGUGAACCGGUCUGCUGUGGAGCAGGCAGCCCCCAGCAAUGGCAGCACACUGUGACCUUCAGCUCCUUCUGGUGGUCAAAGACCUGCAUGCUUCCAUCCAGGAGCUCAGCGAGUGUCACGGCAGAGACAGGCGGCCCAUCACUGAUGGCAGUGCCUCACUCCACCGGCUGUGCACCAGGCUGGAGUACCUGCUGCAGUACGAUCAGAAGGAGAAGAAAUCCAUUCUCGGCACACGGAAGGAUUACUGGGAUUAUUUCUGCGUGUGCUUGAACGGCCACAGGUGUGGUGUGGAAGUCCUGAAGUUUGUUAAUGGCACACCAAAGCUAAGCACCUCGCUGGGGAAGGGGCGUGCGUUCAUCCGAUACUGCCUGGUAUGGCAGCAGCUCGCUGACUCCCUGCAGCUCUGCUUCCACAAUCAGAAGCUGGUCAGUGACUGGUACUACGCCAGGAGCCCCUUCCUAUCAGACAGGCUCAGGGAAGACAUCGUGGAACAACUGUACGCAUUGAACGCGAUCACCUUUGACCUGCCUUUGAUGGGUGUUGACCUGGACACAUCAUGGCCCAUUGCCAGAUGGGAAACACCGUUUGACAGACCAGUGAGCAGGACAUCACCAAACGGCACCGAAUCCCGAAGGUCUGUGGAAAACGAAAGUACUCAGGGGAUCCCCAGCCCGACAGCAGCGACAGACGCUGAGACAGAUAAACUUAAAACAUCCACAAGGAUAUCAAGGAGAGAUCCAUCAAACAGCUCCUUUAAGGGGAUGUCCAAGAACACAAGUCAAGACCCAGAGGAGGACCAGGUAGACACCGAAGGGACGAAAGAGUCCGGGAAAACCGAUGUAAGGGGAGUAACAUCUGGAACGGCAGAAACGGCCGGUAUCUCAGACAACGAUGGUCAUCCAACGGGGAGACAAACAUUAGCCCUGGAAACAGCGGAAUCUGGCUCAACCCCAGAGCAACUUCCACAAAGUGAACACGGUGCACCAGUGUGUCAGCAGGAGGAAAGGGCAAUAGGGGUGCACCAAGUAUCUAACUGUUCAGUGCAACCAUUGGAGGGAAGCGAUAUUGGUGGUCCAGGAAAGGGCCAGGGAGUUGUGACCAUCUUAGCUGCAGGUGAUCAGAGGGAGGGUGAACUAAGCAAGGAAGCUGAGCAGCAAUCUCUAAUAGAGGAACUCAAGAGAGAGCUCCAGGAGAAGGAACACAUCAUUGAGGAACUCCAGGGUCUUCUCAAAGAGAAAGAGAAGAUCAAGGUGGAGGAGUGUUCCAAACACCAGCGAGAGAUCGCAACCCUGCAGGAGAUGCAGAAGGAAAGUGCAGAAAAGUUGAACAGGCUGGGGCAGCUGGAGGACAGUAAUAAGUUCUUGAACGAAACAGUCGAGGAAAUGGAUAGCAUCCUCGACGGACUGAGACGAGCUCUGGCUGCAAAAGAGCAGGAGGACAUUUUGCUGAGGAAGGAGCAAAUGGAGAAGAUGGCUGCGGCCGAACAAGUCCACCAGGAGGAGAUGGAGAGGCUGAAGCUCGUGCUCAGAGGACACCGAGAGCGGGGCGAUGAGAUGGAGCAGGAAGGCAAUCACUGGCCCAAGGAGUCAACCCUGGCUUCGGUUCAGAGUGGGAAAGAGUUGGAGGUGGGUGAGCCAUCAAUGGAGAUGAAAAACCUACAGAGCAAGCUUCGGUGCCUGGAGUCUCUCAACAAGUCGCUGGAAGGCAAGUACCAGCAGAGCCAGCAGCAGAUCAGAGAGCUAGAGAUGUCUGUCGUCUCACUUCAGUCAGAGGUCGGCAGGCUCCAAGGUUGCGAACAGCAGACCUGGGACACCAUCCUCCCUCCUGACAGAAACCGGAGGGAAGCGAACGAGAACCUCGAAGGAAACAUGAGGAUGAUCCAAACGGAGAGUGAAAAGCUGGAAGACGGGCAGCUGGAGAGGGAAGGACUGGCAGAGGAGGGGGCUCUGCUCUUGGAGUCCCUCACUGCCUUGGAGCAAGAAAAGCAACAAGCCCAGGAGAAAAUUUCCGACCUUGAUCAACAGCUGAGCCCCGAAGAGAACAGAAACACAGCGGCAAAGAAUGAUCGGUGUCUAAACACCUUGAAGGAGAAACUUGAGGAGAUUAUUCUGAAAUUGGAGCCAAAAUGUGAAGAGAAGCCUGAUAUUAAAGCCAAACUAGAGGAAGCUCUUGCCCAACUCUCCAUGUUAACAGCAGAGCUGACAGAGCCGAGGAAGAGGGCAGUGGACGAGGUCCUUGCAGAGGAGAAGAUGGAGCUGUCUCUACUCCAGACUGAAGACACUGAAGUGGGGUACAGUUUACAAGAAGCUUCCUCCGAGAUCAGGCCCACCCAGAGAAAUCCUUUCUCUGAGCUCUCCACUCUGGACAAAUCCACUCGGGAAGUUGCCCAAGUCAAGAAACAGAUGGAGGAGCUGGAGUACAGCCAUGGGCAGAUGGUCCAAAGGAUGGAGGAGAGAAUUGAGAGCCUUAAAGCUGAGCGGGAAUCUCUGGAGUGCCAGAAGGAAGAUCUGGAGAAGAAGGUCUCUGCCCUGGAGGAGGACCUCCUGCAAUUGAAGGACACAGCUGGCAAACUGGAGCUGGACAACAGCAAGGUGCGGAGUGAGCUGCAGGAAGCCCAGGCGACUGUGGGGGAGUUGCGUGCACGGAGUGUGCGUCCAACCACCAACGCUGCGCUGGAUCGAGCGGCUGUGAAGGUGAAACAGCGGCAAGAGGAGUGCGCAGCUGGGGGGAUGCAGCCAGCUGUGGGACAGCUGUCGUGCCCCACGCAGGAGGAGGGUGUGUCUGCGCCCCACGACCACAGUGAUUUCCCGACGGAUGGGACAGGGACUGGAGUCACGGAGGAGAAGUCGAGCUCCAGGGAAGCUGAAGUGAAGUUACUGGUUGCAUCACUGACACAAGCCAAGGUGACAGAGGAGGAAUUAAGACAGCUGCUGAAAAAGGCACAGGAAGAUGCAAAGAGCAGGGAGGAAGAAUGCCGGGACCUCAAGGAGAUGGUGGUGUCACUGAAGGAGAGGACAGUCCAGCUCCUGAGGGAGAAGGACCUCCUGUGGCAGAAGGCGGAGAGGUUGGAGAGUCCACAACUGGCUGGGCCAAAGGCAUCCCUGAGGAGGAAUCAGCUCGGGAGCAAGAAAGGGAUUUGAGUGCCGAGAUGUCGCUGAGGGGAGCCUCUCCCAGGAUCCCUGCUUUGGUGGAAUUCUGCUGCCUUCCGACAGAAUUCCUGUACCGGUGCAGAUACAUUCCCAUUCCGGCUGUUCCCGAGUCCAAUGGCAGACAAUCCGAUGGGGUUCAAGGGCAGUGACUGCUCCUGAGUUCACAUCAAGCAGCGAUGGAUUCCCCUGGAAUUUGGGAGGCCAUGGGCUGACGUUUACUGCUGUCCAGCUGUUCACGGGGUCUCAGAGCCGAUGGAGGGGAAACAUUCCCGCUGAUCCAAGAGUCUGGGAGUGGGGACAGUCUGGGAAGUGGAGUCAGGCUUGGCGAAUGAGGUUUGGAGACACAUCUGCACCCUGAGUGCCAGGGAGGCUGGGACACUUUCCCAUAAACAGCGACUGGGGAGUUUUAAACCUCAGACUGGAGACCUAGGGGUGUUGGGAGAAGGAGCGUGGGUCCAGAUUAUUGCAUGUUGGACCAGACGUGUCGGAAUGUCCUCUUCCUUGCCCACUCCAGCUGCCUCUGAGAGUGUACAAGGUCCUGACCCAGGGCUGGUCACACAGCCAGUGGGUGACCACCUCCAGCCACACCAGGUUCCUCCAGCAGAGUGUGUCUUGCUCUAGGUUCCAGCACGUGCAGUCUCCUGUGUCUCCAGUUCCUCUUCCCCCAUGGAUGCUGCUCGGCCCACUGAGCUCCUCCAGUGGAUUGCUUGUUGGUCCAACCACGUUCUGGAGGUUUCACCCUUCGCCUCCCACAGCUCAGGUCUGCACCCCCUCCAGCUGCCCCAGUGAGAUGUCUCCUGUCCCACUCUGUAUCUCCAUCCUUCUACCCCUCUCUUGACUGAGACUGAAGACUGUGGAUGCACUCACUCUAGGAGUGCCUGUCUGGAGAACACACUCUGCCCAACAUCAGCUUCCCUCAACUCGAGCAGGGAAGGUCAGAGAUACUCAACAGGUCAGGCAGCAUCUGUGGGGAGAGGAACAUGUUGAUGGCCCUUUCACCAGGUCCCCUUCCCCUCUCGGUCUUUCCAGACCAAAAACAGAAUCAUCACCUGACCUCUGGAAUCGAGCAGACAAGGUCGGAGAUACUCAACAGGUCAGGCAGCAUCUGUGGGGAGAGAAUGGGAACUAGUGUUUCGAGUUGGAGACCCUAGGUCAGGACCUGACCUGCUGAGUGAUUGUCCCUCUUGCCAGACUCCUGGCUGAUGUCCAUCCAGAAAGUUCAUCGGGCGGGAAGUUUAUACUUGUUCAGAGAUACAGCAGGGAAACAGGCCCUUCGGCCCAUUGAGUCCAUGCCCACCAUCACCCACCCAUUUACACCAAUCCUACCCUGAUCCAUUUCAUUUCCCCCACAUUUCCACCAACUCCCCCCAGAUUCUACCCCUCACCCAUACACAAGGGGCAAUUUACAGCAGCCAAUUAUCCCGCCAACCCCGCACAUCGUUGGGAUGUGGGAGGAAACCGGAGCACCCGGGGGAAACCCACACAGUCACAGGUAGAGCGUGCAAACUCCACACAGACAGCGCCGGAGGUGGGGAUCGAACCUGGGUCUCUGGAGCUGUGAAGCAGCAGCUGUACCAGCUGUGCCACUCUGCCACUUCUGGUCAACAGGAACUGCAACAGAUGAUGUGGUUUUUGGGACACAGAAACGAGCUGCCUCAGGAGUUCAGGGCAUAAAGCAGCUGUGAAAGGUGCAAGCGAGAAUCCAGAUGUUAGAGAUGUACAAGAUGAUAAGAGGCAUAGAUCGAGUGGACAGUCAGAGACUUUUUCCCAGGGCGACAAUGGCUAACACGAGGGGCAUAAUUUUAAGGUGAUUCGAGGAAGGUAUAAGGGGGGUGUCAGGGGUAAGUUUUUUACACAGAGAAUGGUGGGUGCAUGGAAUGCACUGCCGGCAGAGGUUGUGGGGGCAGAUAAGAGCUCUUAGAUAGGCACAUGAAUGAUAGAGAAAUGGGGGGCUAUGUGGGAGGGAAGGGUUAGAUAGAUCUUAGAGCAGGAUAAAAUGUCGGCACAACAUUGUGGGCCGAAGGGCCUGUACUGUGCUGUAGUGUUCGAUGUUCUGUGUCUGGAGCUGGUGAUGACCACGUGCAGUAGAUUUCUGCCCCAUUUUCCUGCCGCCUCCCCAUGACUGUGCCCAGCCCAUGUCCAUCCAUACCACCCUUCCCAGACUGCCAGAGACCUAGCUCCACUCUCAGGUUCUUGGUCCUGGAAAUAACUCCACAUUCCCAGGCCCCACCACUGCCCCAGGAUCAUCCAGGGACCUGCUCCCAUGUCCCUCAAUCUCCGGGGUACCUGGGAAUCAGCCCCUAAAACCAGACGGCACAGGUUUAAGGUGAGAGGGGAAAGAUCCAAAGGGGACCUGAGGGGCAACUUUUAGAGGACACUUGGACAAGUCCAUGGAUAGGAAAGAUUUAGAGGGAUAUGGGCCAAAUGCAGGCAAGUGGGACUAGGUUAGGAAGGCAACUUGAUUCAGGGCCUGUAGUGUAAAACUCUCCGACUCUAGACAAAGUGUACUGCAUAAUACACAGGACUAUCUUUAUGUCUGGUGUGGACAAGCCAUAAGUUUCUUUGAUUCUAUAAAAGGCACAGUCUACAUUUGUAGAACGCAGAAAAAUGGGACUAGCUCAGGUCAGCAACUUGGUCGGCAUGGACGAGUUGGGCCGAAGGGCCUGUUUCCAUGCUGUACAACUCCAUGAAUCUAGUCUCUCUCCCUCUGCCUUAAAAAUGUUCAGACUCUGCCCCCACUGCCCUUGGAGGAAGAGAGUUCCAAAUGCUCACAAACCCCUUGUAUUUGAACACUGACUCAUUUGCCGAGUUCUAGAUUCUCCCACAAGAGGAAAUGUUGUCUGCACGUCCAACCUUAAGGUUGUCAAAACAAAACGAAAGAGGAAUAACUGGGUUAAAGUCAGCACAAAAUCAGCUGUCUGGGUCUCCACAGACUCAGUCACCCAGCCCACAGGAACUGGCCAUUUCCUGUGAUUAAACCCACCCCAUGUGCUAGGGCAGGACUCGUCCAGCUGGUGAAUUGUAAUAAAAUGUACUUACACUGGGUGGCAGUGUGGAGCCAGGAAUGAGGAGCCUGGGUCUGGCUCGCAGGGUAGUGUGUUGGGAUCUACCUAUUGUCAAGUCGUCGAGUUUAUUGUCACAAGUACGUUGGGGUACAAGUACAAUGAAACAUUUGCUUGCAGCAGCAUCACGGGCAUGUAGGUACAGGCAACACACGGAACAAAAAUUAUACAUAAAAUGCUGCUUAUAAGAUGCUGUGUGCCUGUGAUGCCUGCUGCAAGAUUUUCAUUGCGCCUGUGCACACAUUGGUGUUGGUUUAUUAUUGUCACUUGUAUCGAGGUACAGUGAAAAACUUGUCUUGCAAACUGAUCGUACAGGUCAAUUCAUUACACAGUGCAGUUACAUUGGGUUAGUACAGAGUGCAUUGAUGUAGUACAGGUAAAAACAAUAACAGUACAGAGUAAAGUGUCACAGCUACAGAGAAAGUGCAGCGCAAUAAGGUGCAAGGUCACAACAAGGUAGAUCGUGAGGUCAUCGUCCAUCUCAUUGUAUAAGGGAACCGUUCAAUAGUCUUAUCACAGUGGGGUAGAAGCUGUCCUUGAGUCUGGCGGUACAUGACCUCAGGCUCCUGUAUCUUCUACCCGAUGGAAGAGGAGAGGAGAGAGAAUGUCCCGGGUGGGUGGGGUCUUUGAUUAUGCUGGCUGCUUCACCAAGACAACGAGAGGUAAAGACAGUCCAAGGAGGGGAGGCUGGUGUCCGUGAUGCACUGGGCACAUGGACUUGUGUGUAUGACAAUAAACUCAGCUUUGACUUUGAAAUUAUACCAUACAUUUAUAAAAAAAAGAUUUAGCAAAAACAGGACAGUGCAAAAAAAACCCCAGACACAACUGAAGGUAUGUCUGUGGCAGCGCAAGACGUGGUUCGUAGUGUUCUGUUUGUGAAGCAGUGAUCAGGGUUGUGCCGGUUGGUUCAAGAACCAAAUGGUUGACGGAAAGUCGCUGUUCCUGAACCUGGUGGUGUGGGACUUCAGGCUUCUGUACCUCCUGCCUGAUGGGAACAGCAAAAAGAUGUUUCUCCUUUUCUAGUAAAAUCCCACUGGAGUUGUUUAUAGAUGUAUCUAAAACAUGCUGCAAUAUCUUCCACUGGCAUUAAA